AAAUGUUGCCAAUCUUUAAAUCUUUAAAGAUGGCACUUAUAGUUUCAAGUAAUUCACAUGGUCAGUCUUGAAGCUCUUGAAAUCUUGAUUAACAUUCUAAAAAAGAAAAUACAUUCUGACUUUACAUUUAAAGAUUAAUAUAACUGAUUUUAUGAAUUUGAUAUCAACAUGGGCCUAACAAAACAAUAUCUCCGAUAUAUUCCUUCAGGAAACUUCAAUAUUAUUGCAAGUUCAGGUUGCAAUGUUGUAUUUCUCACUCUGGAAGGUCAAGAAGGCAGAUUUGUUGGAGUAGGUGCCUGUGAAGAUAUCGUUGUUUGGGAUAUGCGCCUCGGCGAAAAGGCAUUGGUUCUACCAGGAGAAAAAUAUGAAGUAACAUACCUGGCUUCAAGUCCAAACAAGAAAUAUUUGGCAGCGGGUUAUUCUGAUGGAACAGUUAAUGUCUUUGACUUGAAAUCUGGAGAGAAUGUAACAAUUUUCUCAGGUCACCGAGGAGCCAUUACGUGCCUAGCUUAUGAUGCCGAAGGGCAUCGCCUUGCUUCAGGAGCCCAGGACACAGAUAUAAUUGUGUGGGAUGUGGUAGCAGAAGCUGGGCUGCACAGACUCACAGGCCAUAAGGGAAUAGUGACUCAGGUCCGCUUCCUCAAGAAAUACAAUGUUUUGGUGUCUGGGUCAAAGGAUACAUUUGUCAAGUUCUGGGACCUUGACACCAGCCACUGUUUUAAAACUCUUGUUGGACACAGAACAGAGGUCUGGGGAUUGACUGUUGUGAAAGAAGACAAAUACCUUGUAACAGGCUGUGGAGAUAGUGAGUUGCGUGUAUGGAGCAUCGUGCCGAAAUAUUCAUCUGUGAUGGAUUCAGAGAUUGUAGAGAGGGCAGUGCCUGAUACAGAGGGCUUUGUGACUGGAGAAGAGGCCACUGAUAUGAAGGGAAUAAGUCCUCUCCAGUGCAGGAAAGUUGGUUCAAUCCUCCGUUCUGGUCGGGGCCGAGUGACGUCACUGACAGCUGAUACAACAGGUCGUGUUAUUGGUUGUCACGGUACUGAUGGCCAAGUUGAACUGUUCCGUUUAUGCUCUGACCAGGAUGCCACUGCUAACCUGAGGAAGAGGCAACGGAAGGAAAGGAAGAAAGCUGCAGGUGCUGGGGAAACAGUUCCUGAUCUGGAGCAACAACAGCCGGGACUGAAAGAUGAGGUGCGGAGGUUGACAGCUAUCAAGAUGACUGAUGGCAGAGUGAAGUCUAUUGAUCUUGUGAUGGGCAGAGGAGAGGAACUGAGGGUAGCAGUGACAAUGAACAACAACACCGUGGAACUCCACUCCCUGUAUAUAGCCAUAAAAGAAGCUGAGAGCCGAUGCCUGCGCAAGAUUAGUUCUCAGGGUCACCACUCAGAAGUGAGGACUGUCGCCUUCAGUUCUGAUAAUUUGGCUAUUGUGUCAGCCAGUGCUGAGUCCAUCAAAAUGUGGAACAGGCCGUCAUUGGCAUGUUUGCGAACAGUUGACACAGGCUAUGUUCUCACUGCAUGUUUUGUUCCGGGCGACCGUCACAUUAUGGCUGGGCUGAAGAAUGGCCACAUGCUUAUUGUGGAUAUUGCAUCUGGUGAUGUACUGGAGGAUAUUCCAGCUCAUGACAAUGAACUGUGGUCCAUCUGUCUCAUGCCAGAUCAGCGUGGCUGUGUGUCAGGUGGAAGUGAUGCUACAGUGAAGUUCUGGCAGUUUGAGCUGAUUACUGACCCUAAUAGCAAGGACAGCAAGGCCAAGGUUUUGUCAGCCCUCCACACAAGGACUCUGAAACUGGAGGAGAAUGUACUUUGUGUCCAGGUGUCAGCCAAUAAUCGUCUGUUGGCUGUUGCCCUCCUGGACUCUACAGUUCAGAUAUUUUUUGUGGAUUCACUCAAGUUUUUCAUCUCGCUGUAUGGUCACAAGCUGCCUGUACUCUGUAUGGAUAUCAGCUCUGACUCGACACUUAUUGCUACGGGUUCUGCUGAUCGAAAUGUUAAGAUCUGGGGUCUGGAUUUUGGUGAUUGUCACCGCAGUAUCUUUGCUCAUGAUGAUUCAGUGACUGGCCUUCAGUUUGUACCCCGAACACACCAGUUCUUCACUUGUGGCAAAGAUGGUAGAGUCAAACAAUGGGAUGCUGAUUCAUUUGACAAGAUCAUCACAUUGCAGGCUCAUCAUGGAGAGGCUCGUGCUUUGGCUGUAAGUCCGAACGGUCGAUAUGUGGUGAGCUGUGGCUCAGACAGGGUACUGAGGCUAUUUGAACAGUCAGCUGAGCCACUGGUUCUGGAGGAUGAGGCAGAAGAAGAACGAGAGGCACUGGAUAAUGAGGCUCUCGUAACAGGAGAGGAAACUACUGUCCCUGGCCAGACUGGACUGAAUUUGCCAUCCAAGAAGACUGUUGGUAGUGAGAAGGCUGCAGAGCAAUUAUUGGAGUGUCUUGAGAUCUGCCGAGAAUUUCGAGCAAAGUUGAAGGAGCACAGUGCUUUGGUGAAGGCAGCAUCCAAGAAAGAAAAAGUACCACCCCCACCACAGCCACCUGCUCUUAUGGCAGCCUAUCAAGCUGCUACACCAGAUGAUUUCCUGCUUGAGAUACUGCAAAGAAUUCGGUCAAGCGACCUUGAGGAGGCCCUCUUGCUGCUUCCAUUCACAUCAGUAUGUGAACUCCUCAGUCAGUUACCUGCACUGAUUGCAAGGGGAUUUCAAACAGAACUGGUGUGUCGGACCAUGAUUUUCCUCUUCAAGGUGCAUCAUAAACCUAUAGUAAAUAAUCAGGCACUUCUCCCUGUAGUGAGGGAGCUCCAGAAAUUGGCUGUUUCUGAAGUCAACCACCUGAGGGAUAUGGUUGGCUACAACUUGCAUGGACUCCAGUUCCUGCAGAGGGAAUUAGAGGCUAGGGAAGGAAUACAGUUAUUCAUGGAUGCAACACUGGAAAAGAGGAAAAAAGAUCGACAAAAGAGAAAGAAGGAAAGGGUUGCCAAAAGGGCAAUCAUGAUGCUAUAAUGUGAUAUCUUGUAUUCAUGUUGCUUUUCCAUUAAAAGUUGAUCUGAAUAAGAUAAAAAUUAUGGCAUACUGUGCAAUGUUUGUUGUACUUUAUUAUUAUUGCUGCUGUUAUUAAUAAAUCCACAUGUAUAUACAA